CCUUGUUUGAUCCUACGGAGAUAUUUUAUGUUACUACCGUACGACUCUCAUAUAUUGUCCACAAAUUAUAUGGUAUAUCGUCCAAAAUCGCCUUGUCUGAUCCUAUGCACUUCACACACUGCUUAUAUGCCACUCUAUGUCUAUAUGAUAUAGCAUUACCCUUGCUAUUGCAGUUCAUGCAAUAUGCCCAAACAAAACCUUAAAUAGACGACAUGUUGUUCAUCCUUUUCUUCGUCGCAAUUCUUACAGUAUUUUUCCUUCGGCAAAACCACAGAAAAAAUGAGCCAUUUCAUCCUCCACCUGGACCUAAAGGAUUACCCUUCAUUGGAAACCUACACCAGUUCGACGCCUCGAAACCUCACGUCUACUUUACAGAGCUAGGAAAGAUCCAUGGCCCGAUCUUCAGCUUGCGAUUCGGAAGCAAACAAGUGGUUGUAGUCCAAUCAGCGAAGCUAGCGAAGGAGGUUCUCCAAACACAGGACCGCAACUUUUGUGGUAGACCAUCAAUGGUUGGAAUUCAAAAGCUAAGUUAUAAUGGUUUAGACAUAGCUUUUGCCCCAUAUGGUGAGUAUCAAAAGAAGAUAAAGAAAAUAAGUGUUGUUCAUUUAUUUAGCUCUAAGAGAGUGGAGUCUUUUGCUCCUAUACGUGAAGAAGAAGUUUCAAGGAUGAUUGAAAAAAUCUCCUUCCUAUCUUCAACUUCACAAAUCAUUAAUUUGUCUGAUUUGCUAUCGAGUUUUGCAAGAUCGAACAUAUGUCGCGUUGCUUUUGGCAAGAGGUACAAGGAUGAUGAAGGUUCAAGUAGUAAAUUUGAUAGCCUCAUAAGAGAAGCAGAAGCCUUAUUCACAAGCCUCUUCAUUAGUGAUUAUUUUCCUUAUUUUGGCUGGCUUGAUAAGUUAACUGGACAAUUCUCUAGACUUGAGAAGACAUGUAAAGAUUUGGAUGAUUUUUAUGAAGAAAUCAUAAAUGACCAUCUUGAGCCUAACAAGUCUAAUUCUGAGCGAGAGGAUAUUGUUGACGUUCUACUCCAACUCAUGAAAGACCGUUCUUUAGAGCUGACUCUGGACCACGUCAAAGCAGUGUUAAUGAUUAUAUUUAUAGCUGGAGCAGAUACAAGUUCAGCCAUGGUGAUAUGGACAAUGACGGAACUAAUGAAGAAUCCACAUUCAAUGAAAAAAGUACAAGAUGAGCUUCGAGAGGCCAUUCAAAAUAAGGUUUCCAUCAAUAACAACGACCUCGUGAAACUUGAAUACUUCAAAGCAGUGGUGAAGGAAACAUUUAGGCUACAACCUGCAACACCAUUACUAGUUGUGCAUGAAACAAUCCGUAAAAGCACAAUAGAAGGAUAUGAUAUUCUACCCAAAACGUUAGUGUAUGUGAAUGCAUGGGCUAUUGGAAGAGAUCCUAAUUCUUGGAAAGAACCAGAAAAUUUCAUGCCAGAAAGAUUUUUGGGAAGUUCAAUAGACUUUAAAGGAAACGACUUUGAAUUAAUUCCUUUUGGAGCAGGGAGAAGGAUAUGCCCCGGGAUGAAUCUUGGUGUUGCUAGUUAUGAACUUGCACUCGCCAAUUUGUUGUACUAUUUUGAUUGGGAACUGCCAAGUGGUUUAAGGAAGGAAGACAUUGACAUUGAUCCACUCCCAGGCAUCACUAUGCAUAAGAAAAAUCCACUUUGUCUUUUGGCCAAAAAAACAAAUAUAUAUAACUAUAUGAUAAGCUAGUAACUUUUGUUGACUAUACUUCAAGAUGCUUGCUGAUAUUGUAUUAGAAAUUAUUGAGGCAGUGGAGUAGUGCAGUGCCAUUAUUCUAGGAGCAUGUUUAGUUUGUCUGGAGUUUGUUUAAAGCAGCAUUGUUAUUGUAGCUAUUAUAUAGUUAAGUCGUUUCUUGUAAGCUUAUGUAAAGCCUUAUACAUGAGAUGAUUUACUGUAAUUUUCUCUUUAUUCUUUCUAUAAGAUUAUAAACGAACAACAUUUUGAAUCAAAA